UCUAAUUACAAAACAUUACAGUUGAAUAUUUUUAAAAAUAAAAUAAAAAGAGAUGGAGAAUCAGACUAAAAUCGGCCGUCGAGCGGAAAUAUUUAAAAAGAAUUUCUUCAAGGUCUACUUAAAUAAUUUUCCGACUUUGUUUCACAUUUGCUACGAUCCGAUAGGCACACACAAAAAAUCACGUGCCUUUGUGGGUUUUUUAUUCGGAUUGUCAUUGGCUAUUAUUUUGUACGAAUUCGUCAUUGUCGAUCUACAUUUUGAUAAAUACACCAGUUUCGCGCUUUGUAUCAUCAUAUGCGUAAUGCUGUCCGUUGGAUGCGCCUCGUCAAUUCAGAUAAGAUGCGUUUGCGCUUUAACGAUACCUGCAUUCUUCGGUCGCUCGGGGCGUAGCGUAUUGAGGGCAUUAGUUUUUGGCUAUGUAAUAGCUGGACCACUCUUUAAUAUGGUGUAUAACGCGAAAGAAGUGGUGAGGACGUUCGCUUGUACUUCUCAACUGACUUACAAUCUCACCAAGACGCGAUUCGAUUUGAUGUUCAAACCAUUUCAGCAGGCUCUUCUCGCCAUGAAAACAGAUGGUGAAGAAAUAAAGGAUGCACUAUCUUCAGUGAAGGAUCUGGUGAGUCCUAUUGUAGAGGAAGUGGAGGGGGAAGAGGAGAUGCGGCGGUUAAAAGAGGAAAACGAUUAUAUGGACGAAUUACAAGGUGACACGAAAAGAAGCAAAGAAAUUGAAGAAAAAAACGAAAAGAGAAUCGAGGAAGCUCAGUCGGAGGGUGAUGUGUACGAAGCGAAGUACAAGGAGAAAAUAGAAGCUCGAUGCGAGGAACAGCUUAGUCGGGGUUCAGAUAGAUGUAGGGACAUGUUCAGUACUGCCUACGACAGCUGUUACGAAAAAGUGACCGUGUUUGUUGGCUGGCUUCUUUGUUGGCCGAUGAAGUUGACUUUCGUUUGUAAUCUGGUCCAGGCACUCGGUGGUUCUAGCAUCUGCGAUCCGGAAGGAAAAGUCGAUAGCGGUAUCGGUCAAGGUUACGCUGCUUUAAAAAGUGCGCGGAACGAGUUCAGCAGAAGCUUGAAAGACGCGAAGAUACAGUACAAAAUAAAGAAACCCCCGGUGAUCUUAGAUCUCCAAGAUUCUGCCUACGCAGCGAAAGCUGUCGUGCACGAGUUUACAACGCGGGCGAAGCUCUUCGAAUCCGUGAUGGUUGCUCUGAAAAGAUGCCUGUCCUUUGUAUUUCUGAAGAUCAUCCUUGGCGCUCAAACCUAUCACGACAAAUACUUGAACGAGAUCGAGCAUGACAACGUUUACGUGACGCCAUAUUUUCGACGGAUCGACGCCAGGAGAAAAGCUCGUGGCAGUUCCACGCUGUUGCCGUUGAAAAAGAUCGAAAGAAAGAAGUUCAUCGAUCCUUAUAAUUGGAAACCGAGCAAUGCCGAAAGCUUUAAUUUGACGAGUCAAAUGGUCAAGCUGUUGCUUGAAAUUGUUACAGCGAGCAUUUUUGUUAUUUUGGAUAGUUUGUUCUACGAGGUGUUGGAUAUAAUUAGAAGACAUGCUCGUAUUGAAUAUACUCAGGCCGGCCACCACGAUUUGUCAUUAGAAAUUCGCGGGACAGGUGUGAUAGCAACCCUGAUCAGGAGCGCAGUCCGCGGCUUCAACGUGAAGAAGCACAUAAAAACCGUCACCUCGAACAGCGCUUGCCUCCCAAGACCGACGAAGCUGAAUGGUUACAUAUUCUUCAAGAUCUACGGCACGUUCUUCUUAAUUUUCUUACUGAUCAUAGGAUCCAUCUACACGGAGAGGAUGCGUCGAGGUAUUUGUUCGUUUUUUUACCGGAAACGAGAAAAACGGAGGACACUGUACUUAUACAACGAGAGCCUAAGACGCAGAAUUGGUUUCGCGAGAUUCAUGAAGGCGAGGGUGAAACGACUGGUUAGGAAACGUCACCUGGAGUAUGAGGUUGAUUUCUGGAUGACUAUGAGACAGAAAUGGCCGACCCAGUUAGGCUGGUUGAGAUUCUUCGCCUGCGCUAGAGAGAGGUGUCUGAUUUGCGGGGAGGUGGAGCCUAGAAAAGGGCCAAAGUACCGACAGUGCACCACACCCGGUUGUCCAUUCGUACAUUGCGCUGAAUGCUGGAAGGAUGUAGGGAAGAUUUGUUACGCAUGCGCUGAAUGGUCGGAAACUGAUUCCGAAGAAUAUGACACACAGUACACCGAGUUUUAA